CUCUUUUACUCUCAUUGAGCCAUUCGUCGAACUUAAUUUCUUUAAACGCCUAUCACAAACAAUAUCCCGACCACAUUGCCGACUCUGUACGACCACAUCACGCAAUCCGCCCAAAAUGAUUACUCUCGCAUCCACAAAACAUGCAACAUCGGUACGAUUACUGAACAUCACCCGCUCAUUCAAUGUCCCACUUCGGCAAUGAGGUGGGGUAUAUCCGCUUCCCGGGGUUUGAUGCAAUGCGGGAUUGCUCAGCCAUAUACCGCGGGGUGGAUGCGGAGUAAGCGCAGUUUCGCUUCACUUCAUGUGACGAUGAACUGAGAAUGAUAUAUUUGGGUGACAAGACUUGGAUUUUCUAAGAUAUUUUACCUCCAAAGCAAUUUGAAGGAAGCAUCAAGUACAUUCAACAAAGUUUUUCACCAAGAGACUUCAAUCAAAAUGCAGUUCCAAAGCAAGGCAUGUUGUUCACGACCACCAGUAGUGCUUGCUGGAGGUUACAACUACACGCCAAAAGGGACAUACACCACAUACUCUGGACUAAAAACCUAUGAAACCGGACCCAAAACCUCCACCCGCGGCAUCCUCUUCAUUUACGACAUCUUCGGCCUCUACAUUCAAACUCUUCGCGGAGCCGACAUCCUCUCCACCGGCUACCCCUCCCCUCUCCCUCUGGACAACUCCGGCACCUACCGCGUCUUCAUGCCGGACUUCUUCUCCUCCCACCCUGCUGACAUAGCCAACUACCCACCGAAGACCCCCAACCAAUUCUCCUACAUAACCUCCUUCAUGACCGGACCGGCUGACCCUGCCAAAACCCUGCCCUUGAUACCUUCCCUCGUCGCCGAGCUCAAGGAGAAGAACCCUGAGAUCGAAUCCUGGGCCAUUCUCGGCUUCUGCUGGGGCGGUAAAAUCGCAGCGCUGAGCUCGCAGGAGGGGAGUCUGUUUAAAGCGAGUGCGCAGGCUCAUCCUAGUUUGUUGGAUACGGAGGAUGCGACGAAGAUUGUGAUCCCGCAUGUGGUAUUGCCGAGUAAUGAUGAGGUGCCGGAGAUCAUGGAGGAGUGGGUGAAGGAAUUGAUGAAGAGUAGUCCGAAGAGUUAUAGUGAGACUUUUACGGAUCAGGUGCACGGGUGGAUGACUUCUAGGGCCGAUUUUGAGAACCAGCAUAAUUUUGAGGAGUAUUUGAGGGGGUAUCGGAUCGUGAGGGCCUUUUUCGAUGAGCAUAUGUGAAGACGAU